CACAGUGAAAAUUUCAUUGUCUUUCCCUCCAAGCAGGAAACGGAACGAAACGAAAGAGGCAAUAAAGUAGUCACACUCCUCACUCCUCAUCCUUGAAACGAACAGUUUGUCACUAUCUCCGUACAUGUCUCUGCAGCCCAGGUUGCAGCCGCACAGCUCACCCAAACCCACCAUCAUCAUCUUCAUCUCUCCUUUUUAUAUAUUUCUCUUCCUAUGACAUUGCUCCCUUCCCCAUUUUUCUCCAUUACUCAUCAUCAUCAUCAUUAUUCUAUCAUCUCUCAAUCUCCACCUUCCUCUUUCUUCACCUCCAUUACAGCAUCCACUCCCAGUCGUCAACGCCGCUGCUGCUCCAGAUGGGUCCCCAUGGACUCAACCCAACCCCACCGUUAUCCUACGGGGGACAAGAACAAGCUACUUGUUCUUCUCGGAGCCACUGGUACCGGCAAGUCCCGCCUCUCCAUCGACCUCGCCACACGUUUCUACGGCGAAGUAAUCAACUCCGACAAAAUGCAAGUCUACAAGGGCCUAGACAUCACCACCAACAAGAUGCCCAUGCACGAGCGCUCAGGGAUUCCCCACCAUCUCCUUGGUGAGAUCGACUCCGAAAAGGGCGAGUUCACCCCCGCCGAUUUCCGCUCCAUCGGAGACCUGACUAUCUGCGACAUAGUCUCCCGGCAACGGUUUCCUAUCCUAGCCGGUGGGUCCAACUCCUUUGUUCAUGCGCUUGUCGCUGAACGUUUCAAUCCCGACUCCAACGUCUUCCACGGGUCGGGUUCGGUUAGCUCCGAGCUCAGAUAUAACUGUUGCUUCAUCUGGGUCGACGUAUCAUUGCCGGUUCUAUUUGAUUACCUCUCCGUUCGAGUCGACGACAUGCUUGACUUGGGAAUGUUCGAAGAGUUGGCCGAGUUCUAUGACCACGAGAAGUAUCCGGGCGAGCCAACGAAUCGAACCGGGUUGAUGAAAGCGAUCGGGGUACCCGAGUUCGAAAGCUACUUCCGAAGAUUCCCACCGAAGCAGGGGACGAAAACGGAAAAGAGGAGUAAAAAGGAAAACGACAAGAGAAAGUCAGAGGCAGGUGGGGAGAGAGAAGGAUACGAGGAGGCCGUUAGGGAGAUCAAGGACAACACGUGUCAGCUGGCGAAGAAGCAGAUAGGGAAGAUCUUGAGAUUAAGGGGAGGGGGAUGGGUGAUGCGGAAGGUGGAUGCGACGGCGUCAUUUAGGGCAGCUAUGGCAGCAACAGGUUCUAGGGAAGGAUGGAGAGAGAUAUGGGAAAGGGAGGUGUUGGAGCCAAGCGUGAAGAUUGUGAGGCGGUUCUUGGAGGAGUAG